AUGAGGUGUAAGAAACAUCAAUCUGACUUCAGUAGCAGCAUCGGCGUCUGCGCCUCUUGUCUCCGAGAACGUCUCUUUGUUCUCAUAGCUGCACAGGCCCAGGUUCAACCUCAACCUCAAGCUCAACGCGAUUCCUUAGAACGAGAUCGCCGGAAACAACAAGACCCUCCUCCUCUUAUAUUCCCUCGUUCCGUCUCUCCUUACGUCACUCGUCGAAAAUCUGACGACACCACCACUGCCUUCUCUCGCCAUAACCGUUUUUACAGUACUCCUCAAGUGGGACCCACCUUCGACACCUUCUCCUCCACCGCAUCCGCUGUGAAGAAAUACGGCAAGUUAUCUAUUUUUUCUAAUCUAUUCAAGUCCAGAUCCGAAAAAUUCAAUUCGGAUCCUACUGUUCCUCAUAGGGAUUCCUGCGACUCUUCAUCCUCAUCUUUCCUUUCAACUAUAUUUCGUUCCCGCCGGAAAAAGGAAUCGACUUUCUGUUAUCCAGAAGAAUCUAAAACCGGUGGCAGAGCAGAAUCUCGAGUAUCGAAUCGUGGAAUGUCCCCGGCAAAAGGAGUAGAUUAUGAUGAAGACUGCGAUCGGUCUCCGUCGGGAAGUGGGGAAUCGUCGGAAGAGUGGCGGAAAACUCCGAUGACAGCGGCGGCCGCAGUCAGACGGACCCGAACGGUACAGAACAGGAACGUGUCUGGAUUGGCGUUUUGUUUGAGUCCUUUGGUAAGGGCUAGUCCGAGUUGGCAGUGGAAGCAGAAGGGCGGUUUGCCACCAGACAUUGGAUUUUCGGGCGAGAUAAGAGGGACGGUAAAGCCGCACCUAUCAACUGCGGCGUCGUUUUAUGCUAAUCGGUCGAGGAAGCUAGCUGAUUUUGGGAGAGUGAAUCAGAACCGUUGA